CCCGCCCACAUCCGGCCGCCGGCACUGGAUUGCUUCUGUCUGGCGGCGGCAGCAUGGCGGCGGGGGCGGCUGAGGCAGCUGUAGUGGCCGUGGAGGAGGUCGGCUCAGCCGGGCAGUUUGAGGAGCUGCUGCGCCUCAAAGCCAAGUCCCUUCUUGUGGUCCAUUUCUGGGCACCAUGGGCUCCACAGUGUGCACAGAUGAACGAAGUUAUGGCAGAGUUAGCUAAAGAACUCCCUCAAGUUUCAUUUGUGAAGUUGGAAGCUGAAGGUGUUCCUGAAGUAUCUGAAAAAUAUGAAAUUAGCUCUGUUCCCACUUUUCUGUUUUUCAAGAAUUCUCAGAAAAUCGACCGAUUAGAUGGUGCACAUGCCCCAGAGUUGACCAAAAAAGUUCAGCGACAUGCAUCUAGUGGCUCCUUCCCACCCAGCGCUAAUGAACAUCUUAAAGAAGAUCUCAACCUUCGCUUGAAGAAAUUGACUCAUGCUGCCCCCUGCAUGCUGUUUAUGAAAGGAACUCCUCAAGAACCACGCUGUGGUUUCAGCAAGCAGAUGGUGGAAAUUCUUCACAAACAUAAUGUUCAGUUUAGCAGUUUUGAUAUCUUCUCAGAUGAAGAGGUUCGACAGGGACUCAAAGCCUAUUCCAAUUGGCCUACCUAUCCUCAGCUCUAUGUUUCUGGAGAGCUCAUAGGAGGACUUGAUAUAAUUAAGGAGCUAGAAGCAUCUGAAGAACUAGAUACAAUUUGUCCCAAAGCUCCCAAAUUAGAGGAAAGGCUCAAAGUGCUGACAAAUAAAGCUUCUGUGAUGCUCUUUAUGAAAGGAAACAAACAGGAAGCAAAAUGUGGAUUCAGCAAACAAAUUCUGGAAAUACUAAAUAGUACUGGUGUUGAAUAUGAAACAUUCGAUAUAUUGGAGGAUGAAGAAGUUCGGCAAGGAUUAAAAGCUUACUCAAAUUGGCCAACAUACCCUCAGCUGUAUGUGAAAGGGGAGCUGGUGGGAGGAUUGGAUAUUGUGAAGACGGGGUCUGGCUCUGUCACCCAGGCUGGAGUGCAGUGGCAUGAUUAUGGCUCAUUGCAGCCUCGACUUCUCGGGGCCAAGCGAUCCUCCUGCCUCAGCCUUCUGAGUAGCUGGGACCACAGGCGUGCACCACCAUGCCCACCUAAUUUUUUAUUUCUUGUAGAGAUGAGGUCUCCUGCCUCAGCCUCCCAAAGUGCUGGAAUUUACAGGAGUGUCGGCUGUGCCCCUUGUGAUGGAUGAGGAAAGGUAUCCACCUUUCUGAAUCAGACACAAGCUGCAGUAGCUUCCUGAUGCCUCAUUCACCAGGAUGGGUAACUUUAAAGACAAGUUUUAUAACUGGCAUCCCAUCUGGUUUCAGAGUCUUGGGGGCUUUUUUCAUACAGCUUUGUCUGAUAUUUAGAGACAUUCAGAUUCAGAAGCCAUGAGUUCAGUUAGCUCAUGGGCCGGGCACGUGCACUGACUCACUGGCUGCAGCAGAACACGUUGAGGAAGGAGUCUUGGUGCACUUAGGUCACUGUAAGGUUCUAGGGCUGGGAGCCGGGAUUUGAACCAGGAUCUGUCAGCGCAGCCCCAGUGCUGUGCUUGAAGCCUCGUGCCACACUGGCUUUGAGGUAGCACGCUGCAAGUUAGUGAGUGGAGUUGCCCAAGUCUGGGGCUUCUGAAAUGACCUGGUAUUUUUACGUUCCUGUUAGAAAUGGUGUGGCUUUUACAAAUUAAGUGCCAGGCUGGGCACAAUGGCUCCUGCUUGUAAUCCCAGCACUUUGGGAGGCGGAGGCAGGCGGGUUGCUUGAGCUCGGGAGCUUGAGACCAGCCUGAGCAACAUGGCGAAACCUCAUAUCUAUAAAAAAUAAAAAAUUAACUGGUCAUGGUGGUGUGC